UGAAAGUUAAGUCUGUCAGAGUGUCAUUCUCAUUGCAGUCCAGACAAGUCUCUGUUUCUCUCGGAAAGAAAGUUCAAACUGACUUCAUCAGGUCUUUGUCAACAACACAGCAGAGUCUCUGCCAAACACUGAUAUGGCUGCUGCAAACUAUCUGCCUUCUGAAGAUCAGUUCCUGUGCUCCAUCUGUCUGGAUGUGUUCACUGACCCUGUCAGCACACCGUGUGGACACAACUUCUGCAAAACCUGCAUCAACACACACUGGAACAAAAAUGACCAGUGCCUGUGUCCAAUGUGUAAGAAAGUUUUCAACACGAGACCUGAACUGCACGUUAACACUUUCAUCACUGAGAUGGUUGUUCAGUUCAGACAGACAGGUCAACAGAAAGCUGCCAGCAGCAGAUCAGAGCAACAAGUGUCCAAACCAGGAGAAGUUCCCUGUGACGUCUGCACUGGAACCAAAUUGAAGGCCCUGAAGUCCUGCCUGGUGUGUCUGGUCUCCUAUUGUGAGACUCACCUGGAGCCUCAUCUGACAGUGUCAGGCCUGAAAAGACAUCAGCUGAUCGACGCUGUGGAGAACCUGGAAGGCAGGAUGUGUACAAAGCACGAUAAACCUCUGGAGCUGUUCUGUAAGACCGACCAGACGUGUGUCUGCAUGCUCUGCACUGUUUCAGACCACAAGAUGCAUGAUGUUGUUCCUCUGAAAGAAGGAUAUGAAGGAAAGAAGAUCGAGCUGGAGGCUGAAAUUCAGCAGAUGAUCCAAAAGAGAGAGCUGAAGAUUCAGGAUAUCAAACACUCAGUCAACCUCAGUGAGAAAGAUGCAGACAGAGAGAUAUCAGAAGGAGUUCAGGUCUUCACUGCUCUGAAGGAGUCUGUUGAGAGAGGCCAAGCCAAUCUCAUCGAAAUGAUCAAAGUGAAGCAAAAAACUGAAAAACAGGCUGAAGGCCUCAUCAACAAGCUGGAACAGGAAAUCUGUGAGCUGAAGAAGAGAAGCACUGAGGUGGUGCAGCUCUUACGCUCUGAAGACCACCUCCAUCUCCUCCAGAGUGUCCAGUCCCUAAACACCCACCACCCAACACCCACCAAGGACUGGACAGAGGUCAGCAUCCGUCCAUCAUCAUAUGAGGGGACUGUGGUGAGAGCUGUGGCUCAGCUGGAGGAGACACUCAGUAAACAGAUGAAGAAGCUGCUUGAAGCUGAGCUGAAGAGGGUCCAGCAGUUUGCAAUGGAUGUGACUCUUGAUCCUGAUACAGCACAUCCUAAACUGAUCCUGUCUGAUGAUGGGAAAAAAGUGAAAUGUGGUGAUGUGAUGAAGAAUCUCACAGACAAUCCAAAGAGAUUUUCUGAUUGUAGUUUUAUUUCAGCAAAGCAGUUUAUAUCCUCAGGAAAAUUUUAUUUUGAGGUUCAAGUUAGAGGAAAGUCUUGCUGGAUUUUAGGAGUGGCCAGAGAGUCGAUCAACAGGAAGGGAGACAUCACACUGAGCCCUCAGAAUGGUUUCUGGGCUAUGUGUUUGUUAAAUGGAAAUGAAUACAAAGCGACUGCUUCCCCUGCAGUCCUUCUCUCUCUGAAGCCUCGGCCUCAGAAGGUGGGGGUGUUUGUGGAUUAUGAGGAGGGUCUGGUCUCCUUUUAUGACAUAAAUACUGCAGCUCUGAUCUACUCCUUUACUGGCUGCUUCUUCAAUGAGAAACUUUUCCCAUUCUUCUGCCCUGGUAUUAAUUAUGAUCGUAAAAACUCUGGACCUCUGAUCAUCUGUCCUGUCAGUCAAAUGGUCUGAUCUUUUAUUGUCAGCAAUUAAUUGAGCAGUUGAGUGUUGCCAACAAUACACAUACUCACUGUGUAAAUAUAAAUAAGACAAUGUUUUCAUACUGCAACACUGACAUUGCAGCUACUAAAGGGUUAUAGACAUAAAAGAAACCAGCUGAUCAACUCUUAUAUGGUAAGAAAUGUACAUAUUUAGUGGUAAUACUUCUUAAAGAGAAAAUAUGUUUCUAUAAUGGUAUAUGUUAUGCUUACUGCUGUAGAUAAUUCAGAUUUCAUUUAUCAUGUAAAUAAUCGGGAUGUGCAUGGAAUUAGUACAUAAUUUCAGUUUGUCUUUAAAUUUUUCUUGGCUGCGGGUUUAAUCUCAUAAUAAAAUGUCAAAUUUUAUUAUGGUAACACACAUUUUGAUUAUUUUAUUUUUUAAAAAGCCACAAAAACAUUUUACAACCUUCACAAAAAAAUAUAAUAUAGAUAUUUUUUUUAGUUAAUGAUCGCGAAUUUCAACAAAAGUAAAACUGGCAUAAUGUCUGUAUUUAAUGUUUCAUCUUCACAUAACGCUGAUACACAAUGUAUAAUUAAAUUCCAUAUCAAUUCAAAAUUAAAAAAUAACCUUUUGAUUUUAAUAUCAAGAAACUUAAAAAAAAAAAAAAAAAAAAAGAUAUCCCAGGAACGUCUUGAAAUUUCUUAAAAUUCCAAAUGUCUCGUUGGAAUCAAGGAUGAACCAAUUCGAUUUUGAAGGUCAAAGUUCAAAGUCACUGUGAGCUCACAAAAAUACAUUUUCAGCCAACACAAGAAUUCCUACUCAAAUGAUCACACAGAAAUCUAAUAGGAUGAAAUGGCAUGACAUCUGAUAUCCAAAGGUCAGUCUGUAAUUCUAGUUAAUUCUGUCGUAAUUUUAUUUUUGAUGUUUAUAUGAAUCACUUUAGAUGGCUGUUCGUUCUGUGUUUGAGUAACAUUCACCGAAUUACAUUGUUUUGAAAGGUUUAAGUCUGUGACAGGUUGUUUUCAAAUAACUCACAUUGUCAUCCGCCUCAUUUGUAAAAGCCAGAAAAUGUUUGUGUCAGCGAGUAAAACAGAUGAUGUAAAACAUAUUUUGUGAUGACUUUGCUGUGCUAUAAAAUCCUGUGCAGAAGAAAAAGCUGUUUCUGGAAGUGUUUUAUUUUGAAACUAGAGUCCUGUCCUCAAAGUCACGGAGAUUUUCACAAGUUUUGUGUGUUUUCCUCCUGUGGCCAGAAAAAACUGUCAAAAGUCUGACGGUAAAAGGUGCCAAAUACCUCCUAUCAUAUUAAAGACAAAAAAGAAACUCAUUAUUCUAAAAACAUAUUUUUUAAACUACAGAUAUUUACCGUAUAUUGUCCAUAUUUUGAAAGAAAUUAUCAGUAAAAAAUGUA